GAAAAAAACGGAUGGAUGAAAAGAAAGCAUAAACCAAGCUCGAUGCCCUCACUUCUUUCAUCAUCAUCAUCAACAACGUCAAUGGCGGGUGUUGUAGCUUCUCCACACACAAUCUUUUUACAUGAUCAUCAUUAUAAUAAUAAUAAUAACACUCUCUCCACAUUUCCCAAACCUUGUUUCAUUCCAACAAAGCGUUGUGUCAUAUGCUCAUCAUCCAAGAAACGAAAACCCGGUUUCUUUGAUGUCAUUCUCGAUUACAUCGAAGGGGGGCCGAAAUUGAGAAGAUGGUACGGGGCACCUGAUCUUUAUGCUGAAGAUGCAUCCAUUUCAAAGGAAGCAGAUGAAUUUUCUGAAGAAGAUGAAGUUAGGGAUGUAGUUUUGGUUACCGAUGGUGAUAACGAGAUUGGUCAGACAGUUAUAUUGUCUUUAAUAAUCAAACGAAUUAGAGUUAAAGCAUUAGUGAAGGACAAGCGUGCUGCUAUGGAAUCAUUUGGUGCUUAUGUUGAGCCAUUGAGCGGAGAUCCCAAGGAUUCUUCAUUUUUAAAGAAGUCCCUGAAAGGUGUUCGUGCAAUAAUUUGCCCCACUGAAGGUUUUUUAUCUAUAGCUGACAGCUUAAAGGGGGUACAGCAUGUGGUUAUACUAUCGCAGUUGUCUGUUUAUAGAGGAAGUAGUGGUGUUCAAGCAAUCAUGAAUAAUAAUGCAAGGAAACUAGCGGAGCAAGAUGAAUCUGUGGUAGUUUCCUCAGGAAUUCCAUAUACUAUAGUUAGAACUGGACUUCUAAAGAAUGAUCGCGGAGGCAAGCCAGGUUUCAGUUUUGAAAAGGGUUGUGCAGAUAAUGGAAGUCUUAGCAAGGAAGACGCUGCAUUCAUUUGCAUUGAAGCUCUUGAUAUGGUCCCUGAAAGAGGAAUGGUAUUCGAGGUUGUUAAUGGGGAAGAAGAGGUUCAGAACUGGAAAGACCAGUUUGCAAAGUUGAUGGAGCAAGCACAGCAAUGACACCUCGAUGGGUCUUCUAAUCCAAGUUCAUGAGUAAUGGACAAUGUGCUAGUCUGAUUGGAUCCAGGUCAAUAUUAUAUGAUUUAUUCUGUGUAGUUUUCUUUCAUUGGUCUCAAAUAUAGAAUAAAUGAAGAAAGUGAAGAAUUAUUUAGCUUCUUUUAUGCUUUAAGAAACUAUUUUUAGUCUCCUCAA